GAAAAGCCGCUGCUCACGAAAAGAUAAAGUCAGUAAUGACAAAGCUUUUGGUUUUUGCUUAACACAUACCUGCCACACCUAAGCUGGGAAUUCCCCCAAAUCUAGUUAAAGAUUUUAUGCAUAAUACCGACUCAUUACAUCUAAAUUGCUUUCGUUUAAGCAGAGACUUCCUCCUUCCGUUCCACUACAAGUGCAUGUGAUAAGAACUGAAUUCUCAGUCGACUUACUGCUUGCCAGGAGCUCAUUGUGAGACAAUACAGAGAUACAGGAGGAAAAACACUGGAAGACACCAACUUUUAUCUCUCUGACUUUUGGUUGCCAUGAUCUAAGAACUUGAGAAGAUGGAAAACCUCCCACCAGGAUAUGGUCUCUUAUCAAUGAGUGUUUUGAUUGCCACCACCACUGUGAAUACUGUUUCCAGCCCACCUUAUCACACAACAUGUAGAACCCAAGUUGAAGGUGCAGUGAUAGUGAUACGAUACAAACUACAUGAGAGCUGCACCGUCCAAUCAGCUCAUACCUGCCCCCAAGAUGGAUGUCCUGCCCUUGACUUCAAAGCUUGUUUUCUUAAUGAAACCACAAUGCUGCUUUAUUUCCAAACCAACGAAACUGCACAAGACAUUACAGUGGAGCAUGGAACUACUGGCCAGGGGCUCACUACUGUCAUCAACCUCAACGAUACAAGAGCCUGUAAGAUUUCUAUGGAGGAUGAAGAUGAAAGUCUGAUAAGUAAAUCUGGAUAUUCCAAGACUAAUGAGAGUAUGAAAGAAGAACAAAAUGCCUCCAGAAACAGGUUAUUCCUGAUCUUGUCUAUUGGAUUCCCAUUGGUACUGGUACUACUGUCAUUAGGAUCACGUUAUUUACACAAAAGAAAUGGAAGAAAAACCCCAAGUUCACACUGUAUUCCAUCCAGAACACAACACAGGGAUGGUGGCGAUGAGCUGGAAUUCGAGCAGAAUUAUCUUCCAAAUGGACAGAAUAUCGGCUAAAACUGAUAGGAUGAACAUUUAGAACUAUUUUCUCCUAUUAAUUGACAAUGAAUCACACAAUCUUUAUACUGUACAUCCUCAUUUUAUAUAGUGAAUAAAGUACCCCCUCUAGUUACCAAGGAGUUUCAUGACCAUAUAAAAGUACGAGGCCAAAGGCCGAG